UUGACAGUAGGAGUUGACAAAUCGACGCCUUGUGUUCAGUCAAAGUGUUCUGUGAAAGUGUUUCGUGUUUAGUUGUUACCGUGUCGCGGUCCAUGCGUUGACGGUGAGGCCCGUGGUUGGUACUUCAACUAGUCACAAAGAAAACUUGUGAUGGACCCGAUCGGUUUAUCGAGACGCUCGCCGUGUCAACGACGGUUACUGAAGGCUGCGACGGAAAAACUGCUUUGACAGACCAGCUUUGUGAUAGUUGCAAUCGCUGGCUUGAUAAUGACGCGGGUCACGAAUUCCCGUCGCAACUUCGCCAAGUCCGGUGCAAGUAAAGCUGUGAUACCGACGGAUGACAGGGCAGGACUGAACCAGGAGGGACCGUCAAGCCUAGCGAGGCACAUCCAGCUGCCCGAGCUACCCGUGGAUGGGGAUCUCGCGUUUGAGGCACAAGCUGCACUCUUUGCUGUAGUGUUACUGGUGUGCCAACAGUUGCAGCUGCACAGGGCCGCCUGGUGGCUUCCACAUGCACAUCAAGACCAGGCGUUGCACUACGAACUGGUGGAACCACAUGCGGCUGCUCUAAGUCUCGCAAUCAUGUGCCACCCUCUGCCAGCGGCCUUGGCCAAGCGAGUUCUAGCUGCACUGUUGCCCAGCAGCUGGGAGGCACGUGCCACGGCUGUGUGCCAAGGGGCUACGUUGAUAGCUACGGCUGGACUUGUGGCUUGGGCCGCGUUCCACGUGUGUUGCAAGCAUGGUGCUUUCAGCGUCCUGUGCCUUGCCUACCCGGGGGUCAUUCACGUAGUGCUAUUUGGGCCCCGGCCAGGACUAAUACGUGAGUGGCCUACACCUGUGGCACACGUAUGUUCCUCAGUGCCAGCUGAGGUGAGGGCAGAGGUAGAACGCCAUAAGCAUGACUUCAAUGAGCGACUCAAGCGCUGCCUUUUCCAGGCUCUGCUCGUGACGUACUAUGCGGCCCUGCAACCUUGCUGCUUUGUGCCGCCAUCUUUGCAUCUGGAGCCCUGGGCACUCGCCCAGCAUGGUCUGCUGGCUUGGCUGGCUGCCUUGACACUGCACGCUUCACGCUUGUUCCCUCCACGUUACCUGGAUUCACUGCACAGGGCAGCGCUGCACUUGGGACGCUGGCGGAGGCUAGAAGCCCGUCACGUCCAUGCCCCACAUCACCUGUGGUCUGACACUGUUCUGUGGCCCCAAAACAACCUGGUGAAGCACAGCCGAGAAUUCUUCCGUGCGGAGGGGGUCAGCAAUGCUGCAGAGCCAGGCCACCCAUGGCAUGGCCGUUUCUACGGUCUGUUCCGCAGCCCUGCCGUGGUGGUUGGAGGAGCGCUCGCGCUACAGGCAGCUCAGCUGCUGUUUCUACUCUACGUUCUGGCCAGUUCCUCGGAAUGGCAUCGGCUUCUCACUGCCAGCCUUCUAGUUUUGCUCAACUCGCUGACCCUCUUCAAACUGGCACGUCAAUAUCUAGUCCUUGACAAAGUGUAUCAUGCAGAACGCUUGCUGCACGAGCGGCUUGCCUCCUGAGUUUGUCCCAUGAUAGGCUAGUCUUGCAGGCCACAUGUGCUUCUACUGCACCAUGACCCAAGCUUGUCAUCUCUUACUCGGUUUGGCCCACAAGUGCACAGAAUCGUGAGAAUCCACAACAAGGGAGUCUCAUAGUGUGUUCACGAUAAGAGGGUGUAAAUAUCUGCUCUUGCACAAGCUCUGGAGCAAGUGAAAGUUGAAGAUCCCUAUUAAAGUUUUUACGAGUAUAAAAUGCUUUUGGACAAUGCCACAUGAAGACACGGCAAUAUUCAUAUGGUCGCCUUGUGAACCGGAACA